GCAAAUGCAACGCCAUACAAACAAACCCGAUACUGUGCAGCCAGUGCUGCAGCCGACUGUAGCGCGUUUCAGGAAGAAGUUGGCGCCUGAAGCUGCGUAUGCAGCUAGCUAAAAUGCUAACCGCGAGUAUGCAAAACAACCUGUUUUAACAAUAUUUCCUCACACGGUUCCUCUGGGUUUCCAAAAUGAAUGAUAUGGAGUUGACCGUGCCCCUGUCCUCCCUGGCGCUUCUGGUGCCUCCGCUGCGCCUGAUGUCUGCGGUGAUGUGGGAGGUGGUGCGGCAGAGGAACACGCAUCACUACGGGAGACUGGAGGAGUUUGUCUCCACUGUGACAGAGGCGGUGCCGGAGCUGAUGAGCGAAAGGGAGGGGAGGCUGCUGUCUCUAGGGCUCAGGGCCAGGACAACUCUUGAACUGCUCCGCUCUGAGCACCCCGAAGACCUUAAGGCUGUUGAGACGCACCUUAACAGGAUCAGAUCGUCUUACAUUGAAGAGACAAAUGACCAUGUGAUUGAUGCACCAGAAGCAAACUUUAUGAAACUAGUCCAAGGGCUUAUUGAAGACACUGAUGGCAGAGAGCACUUCCUCAAGAAUGUGUUUCCUGUGGAGUAUGGCCCUGAUUUCGACACAGCACUUGAAACAUUGGUUUGUGAAUUCUUUACCAGGCUGGAGGAACUGCUGCCAAUACCAGAUUUUAAACAGACCGCUUCAUGGAUCAGUGCUUCCCCCUCUGUCCUUGAGGAGUACAUGCAAUGUGUCUCAAAUGGAGAAGACCUCAAAUUUCUUCUGCAAAGCAAGCAGUGUCAUGGCAAGCUGGUGAAGACUAGUGUUGCUCCUUUUCCGUCAGACGACCUCCUGAUUCCCUCACUCUCUCUGCCUCCAUCACUGGAGGUAGCUAUUGCUUCACACCCAAGUGCUUGUGAUGAUGACAACAAUGAUGUGCCUCAGAUUGUCAUGUUUGAUGAAGAACUUUCCACAAACCCAUCCACAUCGAAUGACUUCCCUGAAUCCCCCAAAAGGUCGGACAUCCCUUUAUCUCCUCGUCACUCUCAGCAACCUGGUUUGCACAAAUGCUCCGAGUGUAAUAAAGGCUUUAAGCACCACUCUGUUCUGAUUGAGCACCAGAGGGUCCACAGCGGUUUGCAGCCAUACAACUGCUCUGAAUGUGGCAGGGCUUUUAGAACUGCUACUCUACUCGCAGGGCACCGACUACGCAAGUGUAAAAAUGCAGCUUAUAUUUGCAUUAAGUGUGGAAAGAGUUUCCCAACGUCACUGGAGAAGUUUAGACACCACUGUCCCAAACAUAGCCGAAGGCAUGACUGCGGACAAUGUGGGAAGAGUUUUCAGAAUUUGAGCACUUUGAAGGAUCAUCUGCUCACUCAUGUUCCGAGCCGCCUCUUCAAGUGUAGCCACUGUGGAGCUGGCUUCUCAGGGAUAGGUGACCUCAAGUAUCACCAACAGGUGGAUCACGACAAGCCUUAUGAAUGUAAGCAAUGUGGCAAAAGCUUCAUCUCUUCCAAGAGUCUUUCUAAACAUGAACAACGUCAUGAAGAAGUGGGUGAAUUAGAUACAGUGACGCUAAUGAGUGGAGGGAAACUCGGCAAACGUUGCUCAACUCAUAGCACAUCAUCAGUGUCUUUUUCUCGAAAAACUGUCAAAGCUGUUUAUCAGCGUGGCCGUGUCACACACAACUGUCCACUGUGUGGCAGGAGCUUCAAAUAUCGCUUUGAGUUUUUGGAGCACCAGAGGUUUCACACUGCGGUGAAGCCAUACAAAUGUUCACAGUGCGGUAAAGCUUUCAGAACUGAGGCACACCUGUCAGGACACAGGAAGAGAAAAUGCAAAAACGCAGCUCAUAUUUGCACUAAAUGUGGUUGCCAGUUCAGGUCUCUACAUGAUCGAGUGAGACACCAGUGUGUGCAGCUGCUCACAAAGUACGAGUGCUCUCACUGUGGAAAGACUUUCAAGAUGGCACAUUUACUGAGGAAUCAUCAGUUGAAUGAGCACCAGCUCCCCUACAGCCCCAAUCACCGAUUCAGGUGUCGUUACUGUGACGAGACCUUCCCUGGGAUCAGCGAGCUCAAGUACCAUCAGAGAGUAGACCAUGAGAAGCCAUAUCAGUGCCAAGAGUGUGGCAAGUGUUUCCUGUCCGAGAAAUGCCUCAACAACCAUGAGCUGCGGCACAGUGACGAGCGCCCAGAGAACUGUGUUGUCUGUGGGCGGGGCUUCAGAAACCGCUAUGACUUAAAACAGCACAUGCGCACACACACAGGGGAGCGGCCGUACCAGUGCUCUCAGUGCUCUCAGUGCUUCUCGACGGCCGGAGGUCUGAGGAGCCACAGCCGUGUGCACAGCGGGGAGAAGCCCCACGCCUGCCCAGACUGUGGGAAGGCUUUCUCUCAAAUGGGGGCAAUGCGUACACACAGACUCACACACACAGGAGAGAGGCCCUUUAAAUGCACUGUGUGUGGAAAAGGCUUCACUAUGGCUCACAAAGUGACAGUUCACAUGCGCGUCCACACGGGGGAGCGCCCCUAUGUCUGUUCUCAGUGUGGAAAGGCCUUCUCAGAUGGGAGUGUCCUGAAACAGCAUAUGCUCAAUCACUCUGGUGUACGGCCAUAUCACUGCCACCUGUGCCCCAAGACCUACACCUGUCUGCACCACCUGAGGAGGCACCUGAAGAGCCACUCCAACAUGGCCUGAGGAAAGACUCAAUGCUAAACUGACUGAAAUAGGAAGGACAUUAGAUAUUUUGUGUGAAUGCUGUUAAUAUUGAUAAAUAUAUUUUUUGGAUUUAAGUU